UUGAGAAACCACCACAUGAUCCCCUGUACUGGUGGGGUAUUCACAGCUGGGUAGCUGUACUACCCAGUCCCAACAAGUCUGAUGUGGAGCAGGUGUUUUUCAUACAGCCAGGUUCUGGGGUGGCAUCCGGUCCUGCCGACCCUCUCUACUUGGGCAUUGAGAGCCUGUGGAACCAUCGCAAUUACUGGGUCAAUGUGCAGAACUGCAGUGGCUGUAAGGAUCUGCAGUUUGAGCUGCGAGACACAUCGUGUUGGCAACACCUGUUGCCUGGUGAGCCAUGGGAGUGGCAAGAGAUCUCCAGAGAUUAUGGAUCUAGACCAGAAGGACACAAUCCUGCUGGAAAAACACCUGGACAUGCCUGCAUCUUGGGUCCAGCGACUGCAUAUCCCUCACUGA